AUGGACGGGGGAGCUAUCUGGUUGGGGAUGAAUUUGACCGAAGAGACGAAGGAGGAACAAGCAAGUGGUGGUUGCUCCGCGUUUUCGGCCCGGUGGGAUGAAAGGCGCGGCACUUCUCCACCUCCUCCUCGCUCUCCUUCUCUUCCCAUUCAAUAAUUCUCCUCCCCGCCCGCGCUUGUUUGUUACUCCGCCAUUCCUCUCCUCCUCCCUUCUCCCUCAUGUUCAGUCGUCUCGGUCAAGUCGCCCGCCAUCUCACUCGACCGUCACUCAACCUCUCUUCCACGCCUACCUUCACCUCGCCCUCUCUGACCCCGCCCCUGCUUCGUACACCAUCCCCCAAAAUGACAUCAUCCGUCCUCCCGAAGAACAAGAGGACCAUUCACACGGCGGCAUGCCUGAUCAUUGGUGACGAGGUUCUUGGUGGAAAGACCAUCGACACCAACUCCGCCUUUUUCGCCAAGUUCUGCUUCUCCCUCGGCAUCCAACUGAAGCGCAUCGAAGUGAUUGCCGACGAUGAGAGCGAAAUCAUUGAAGCAGUGCGACGUAUGAGCGACCGCUAUGACUUCGUCGUCACCAGUGGAGGCAUUGGCCCAACCCACGACGACAUCACCUAUGAAUCGAUAGCCAAGGCCUUUGGUCUGAACCUAAAACUCCACCAAGCCGCGUUCGAGCGUAUGAAGAAGCUCUCCAAACCCCAUCCCAUGCAGCCAAACUUCGACUGGGACACCCCGUCACCUAGUCUGACGGCGAAGCUGCGCAUGGUCGAGAUCCCUCACGACGAGUCUGUGCCUUUGGAGGAACAGGCUGUGUUUGUUGCGGAUGAUAUGUGGGUGCCCAUUGCUAUCGUGAACGGCAACGUCCAUAUCCUUCCUGGUGUUCCUCGUCUCUUCGAACGGCUACUCGAGCAUCUCAAGCCGAACCUGUUGCCUCGCUUGGUCAACCCGGAGGGAAAGGGCAUCUAUCGCUACCUGUUCAGCACACCACUCCCGGAGAGUACGGUCGCCCCCUACCUGACGGAACUUGCUACUCGUGUUGCUUCGAAGAACAUCAAAGUUGGCAGUUACCCCCGCUGGGGUAAUAAGCGCAACACUGUAACUCUGGUCGGCACUGACAAGGAGUUCAUGGACUCGCUUAUCGCAGAGGUGGAGCAGAAUGUCGAGGGAACCAAGGUAACUCGAGAGGAUGAGCUUGACCCUCCCUCGGACGCUGAGGAGGGCAAAUAAGCGGAACGUUGGCGGUCAUAGUAUGUCUUUCCAAACAAUAGUUGCUAGAUUUGUAGACAAUGACACGCUAUUCCGGAUAUGCAUG